AUGAAUAAGAGAGUUGAUCCGUAUUAAUUAAAUAUUAGUUAUGAAAAUGACAUAAUCAAGACUAAUAUUUUAAGUAAAGGAGAACACUUAAGUUCACAAGGAGUUGACAAUUAAAUGAACUUACCAAUAGAACUUGAUGGUAUUUGAUGAAUUAAAUAAUUUAAGAUUAUGAAGGGCCUACUCUUUUUUAUUGUCAUCAUUGUAAAAUGGAUUCAGUUUCAUCUUGUGAAUAUUAGGCUACAGGUUAAACAUUUCUUUGUGCAUUUCUUCUAUUUUUUAUUCUAAAUAUUUUCGGUUGUUUGAUUCCUUAUAGUUCAACAGCAUGUAAAGACAGAAGGCAAAUAUGUCCAAGAUGUAGAAAUUUAAUAGGAAUCAAAUAUUAUAAUGCAUGUGCAUGUUGA